AUGGCCACACACGAAAUCCCUUGGGACGAGCUCCCAGAGUUCCCCCUUGCAGAAGAGCUUCUCGCAAAGAACCCUGCGAACCUACCUAAAAACGACAUCCGCGUGCCAGCCGGCGAUAAAAAGACCUACCUCGCGACCCAGUAUUCGCUGAUUCGCCACGAGGGCCUCGAACUGCUUCGUCAAUCCAUCGCCGAAUUCCGCGCCAAGCCUACGAUGAGGGAGUCGUGCGAUACCGCUGUCUAUACCCAGGUCAUCGUCCGAGGAUACCAACUCACCCGUCUCGGGACCUUUUGCCGCAUCAGCUUCUGCCCGAGCCGGGCUGACAAGAGGAUCCGAUGGGCUGCCUCGAACCGCCUCACACCCGGAGCCCUCGUGGCGCUGUCCCCCGUCCAGGACUGCUUUCGGACCAUCUGCAGAGUUGCCGUCGUUGCUCAAAGGCUUCUCGAAAUGGUCAUGAUUGAGGCCAAGUCGGGGUUUUACGAGGCGGUGAGAUAUGCGAUGCUCGGUCUGCAAAGCGCCUCUCUUCUAAAGUCGCGCUUUGAUCGAUAUCUCGUUGCUGGCGAGAAGAAUGCUAGUACAUCUCCGCAAUACCUCAAAGAGCUUCGAUAUCGCGUAAACGUUGCUUCCAUCUGUAACCAGGGACCCAUGACUACGCCGGCUUCUGUGCAGGCAUCAGAAGCAACAUUUGGCGGCCCUGCUAGGAAACCGGCCCCCGUUCACAUCGACAUCACCGCCCCUUUUCCGGAAAACACUCCCUCCGUCACCGGCAUGGAUUUGUCUCAGCUCGAAGCGAUUCGACGCAUGAUAUCUUCCGAGAUUGCCAUUAUUCAGGGCCCACCUGGUACCGGCAAGACCUUUGUCUCGGUCGCCGUGAUCAAAAUCUUGCUCCAGACCCUCGAGGCCAAUGCGCCCAUCAUCAUCUCUGCCCAUACGAACCACGCUCUCGAUCAGCUCCUCAAUCACAUUCGCCAAGCGACUGAUGUCCCCUUUGUGCGCCUUGGGAGACGCUCGAAUAACGAGGUGGUGAACAAUCAUACUUUGUUCAGGCUGCGCCGGGACUCGCGGAAGGGCAAUUCUGGCGCGAGACACAAGAUUAUCGAAUCCCGCCGCAAGAGAAACGCCGCCAGUCUUGAGGCUCUUAUCCGCAGCGUAUCCGAAGGGAGUCUUUUGAAAACAGAUGGGCUACUUAAAUGCAAUCUCAUUACCCAGCAGCACGUGGCUUGGCGGCUUGAUCUUUCCCGCCGAACCCCGCGAUUCGUGCCCACGGCCACGCAGUGGGAAGACGUGCAGGAUCCAGAGGCCCGCGGUGGCCGAGCGAGCUCUCUCGACGACGAUGAGCGCGAUCUCCUCACGGGGCAGUAUAUCCCCAUCACCCAAGAGUUUGAAGUAGACGUGGCCCCGAAGCUGCGCAAGCCACGGCUCUGGGCCACGUUCGAUGAAGUUUUGGCGCAGUGUACCGAUUUAUACAGGGUUCGUCCCGAGUACCGCGGCGCGAUUUACCACCAUCUCCGCCGGAAAUACCUGGCCAUCCGGACUUUCGAGUUGCAAGAGCUCUUGAAAGCCUGCAAAGACGUGGACGCCGAGUCGCUCAAGGUAAAAGCCGAAUCCGACGCCAAGCUCAUCAGGUCCCUCUCGAUCCCCAUCGUCGGGUGCACAACGACCGGGCUCACAAAGUACCGGGAGCUCAUCGGAAAACUAAAGCCGAGAAUCUUGCUGAUUGAAGAAGCCGCCGAGACGCGGGAGGCGAAUAUUUCAUCGGCCCUCGUCGAGUCUCUCGAGCAGCUCAUCCUAGUAGGCGACCACCAACAGCUCGCCCCGAGCACCGACCGCCUCGUCAACCUAGGCAUCGACAAAACCGUGCUCAACGUGCAAAGGCGCAUGAUUCCCGAAAUCCGAUGCGUCCUGCGCGCCAUCUACCCCAAACUCACCGACCACCCCAGCGUCCUCGACCGCACGCUCCGCCCACCCCACGCCACGGCGAACCAGAGCAAGGCCAACCGCGAGGAGGCGGCCAUGGUGGCGGGUUUCGUGCGGUACCUGGUGCAGAACGGCACGGCGCCCGACAAGAUCACCGUGCUCACGUUUUACCGGGGCCAGCGGACGUGGAUCCGCCAGCGCCUCCACCAGGACAGGAUCCUCGGGAACCUCCACCCCACGCGGCGGUACAACGUCUGCACCGUGGACGGGUACCAGGGGAGGAGAACGACGUCGUGGUGCUCUCGCUCGUGCGUAGCCCGGGCGGGGCAGCCGCCGGGCGUCGGGUUCGUGGCGAACCGGAACAGGGCGGUGGUGGCUUGCGAGUGCGCUAACAAGUGCAAGGGGAACAACCUCUCGCGCAACGUUCCUCGCCCGGAGGCGCGGACGUCGGACACGUUUGCUAGUCUUGAUGAGUGGAUGAGGGUAUACGCCCCGGAGCCUGAGGCGUCGGCUUUGCGGUUGCCCGGGGCGGAGCUCAAGUUCUUCGAGGACCAGGACUCUAGUUCGGAGGAUGACGACGAGGGUGGUGCGGAUGGGGAUGAGGGCCGGAGCGGCGGUUCUGAUAGCGGGAUUGCGCAGACGGAGGUUGUUGGGGGUCGAUGGGCGGAUCGAGAGGUUUCGCCGGGGAGUUUGGGGCGGGAAAUACGACGUCUGAGGAAAGCGUGCUGGGUCGAGGUGGGCGAACAAGCGCAGAGGCGACUUAUCCAGGAUGGGACAACUGAAUGCACGACAGAGGAUGGACCUGCUCGCUCGGAGGAGGCCAUGAGCGAGAGAGCCGAGAGCAUAGUUGGAAUCGAUGAGUUUCUCGACCGGAUGGGCACCAACAGGACCUCGGAAGAGUAUGAGCACGAGCACAAGCACGAGCACGAACCGGAGAAUGAGGAAGAAGGCUCGGACUCGGACCGGGAAGGGGAAGCUUAUGCCGAUGGUUUCCACUGA